UUUGAGAGUAAGGAGGCAAUCGCGAGACGCGUCUGUGGCUGCAAGAGCGGGGAUCAAAUAUGACAGGCGGAGAUUACACGGUCACAUGCUUAAGCUUGCGACGCGCUUUGAGUGUAAGUACGGGUCACCUUUGUCACUUUGGCUGGCAACAACAAUAGCGAACUCGUACAUACAGUGGGCAUUGAUACUAUGCAGUCUUGAAGUGCUUCUCUGACAUAGAGUAUGCAGGAAUGCCGAAAGGCUUGGGUGGCCAGUUACCGCUUACUGCAUUCUUUGCUACGACGAGUGGCCCUUCUAGCUCCAGUAAGAUUCAGCGAUCCAGGAAGCGAAAGCAAGAUGAAUCCUCUGAAGUUAGGGCAGCCCGAUCCCCGAAGAGGGGCAAAGCGAAGCUGAAGGGAGAUAUCCUGGCCACAGACACGUCCACAACGGAAGACCCACAUUGGUCGAAGGUCUCCGCCGCUCCUUCGAACUCCUCCCAUCUGCCUUCUGUAAAAUCCCAAUCUUUGGUGAAAAGAGGGCGUGGCGUGCUGCCAGGAAUAGACUCACGGGCGGUCGACCCUUCACAUCAGAGCCCUGUCAGUCUCACCGGGCAUUGUGAGUCAUUCAUUGCUCAUACACCUGGACUGCAUGGCAGUCUGAGAAUAGCAGCGUCGACGCCUGAAAACGCUAUUGGCAAUCGAGAGCCAAGUCACGGUUAUGCCGCUCUUCCUACCCCUCCCGCAACCUAUCUUCCAGUUCGAAAGCGCACAGUGAGUAAACAUGAGCAGGUCCAGCGUCCGACGGACCCAUAUUUAGCAUCUCCGAAUGUAACGCCUUUUGCUACCACGCACGAUUACAGUCAUCAAUUGCCAACACCAAGGACGCCUACGCGGCACCAGAAUCGCCCCGUAUGCUCCCUAGUUUUUGGCAGGACGUUGACGUCGUCUCCAUCACCGGUUUCCGAUAGUUCUCCAAACAAUAUCAAACGCUCGAAUUUGUUGAAUAUUGAUGCCCACGACGUUGACAGCGGGGAAAGCCACUGGGUUCCUUCAUCCCAAACGCCUGAGUUGGCUCCUCCACUCUAUGGGCGACAACGGCGGCCAUGCACGAACGCGUCAGAACCAUCCAGUCCAAUUGGCAUUCCACCUCUCAGAUUGACUAACCAUCAAGCUGAUACGCGUCUUGCACUGCCGUCACCGUCAUUGCGGGCGUCAUCCAUAUACGACAAGUCAGAAGGCGGGGUUGUUUUUUCCUCACAGACCCAGGAUCUUGCAGAAUUUUUAACUUCACCAGGACGCCAAGUGAUUCCUACCUCUCAAUUAGAAGAGGAGGAGCUUGUUCUGUCUAGCUUAAGUGUCGCGAGUAUUGAGGGAUCUGCGCUUGCGGAGGGCGCUUUGCCAAGAGACGUUUUUGGAUUAACAUACGACGAUGAUUUGUCCACGCCACGAAGGGUACUACCAUCAAAGCACAGGAUCAUGGACCGGUCCUACCUAUCGAACGCUCCUGCAAUAUCCACUGAUGCGACUCCCGGUCCUCUAGCUUUAGAGCCCUCUAAAGAUACUGAGAGGGGGAAUGACCGUCCUCUUCCGUUGAAAGUUAUUCAUAGAGCACGGCAUGCGACUCCAGAAGCCUACACAAUCCCGGAGACACAAACGCCUUCUCAGAAGCGCAGACCCAGCGACUUCCCACAAACUUCAUUUCAGAGAUCGCACGGUUGCAACCCCAGUUGUGCUGAGUCCGCCGACUCUGAAAGAUGGCGUCCGACUGGGCCUUCUUUGUCAUCAACUGAUUCUUUUUCACAAAUCGACUUAUCGAAACAGUCUUGGGAGCGUACACCUGAACGUAUGGGAAACGUUGUGGAUGAGAACGCUACUGCCCCACCCCUGGCCUCCCUUCUGCCGGCUCUGAUGAGCGCGAAGCUCGAGAAUGCAGGGUCAGUAAUAGAGAGCGAUAUGGGAUUCAUUGAUGUAGACGACAUCGACUCUGUCACCGAUCCCGAAUCAGACUAUACCCCGGAACCGACCAAUCGAAACAAAUUUAUCCACCAGAGGACUAUGGAUUACGCACGAGAGAAGGGGUUACCAUUAGGUGACAGGUCUCCAAGGGAUGAAGCUACCUCCGAUGAUGGUUCUGCUACAGAGCCCGAAUCUGACGAUGAGCUUUUGACGAAGCCAAUGAACUUGGCAUAUCACAAGCGGUACCCAGGUCCUGGCGAUUCCAGAGAAUGGGCAUCACAAUAUACAACGGAACACAAUCAUUGUGUGACCCCACCGGAAUUACGUUCGCUUCCUGCACCAGUUCAACGACUUAUCUCGCCGAUGCAAUCACAAUGCCAAAUCGAAGCGGCGUCUAUACCUAAACACUCAGGCAAUGCGAUAGACCUGAACAAUGAGGGCGGCAAUGUAGUAUUUCCGUCCCUCCAUACUGCGGCGGGAUCCCAGGACAAGGACAAUUCCAGCGAAACCUCUGAUACUCCGUUCAGCAUCCCGGAGUAUUAUGAUGCCAUGAGCCUUUCAGCGGAUAACCCGAGCGUGUCUGGCUCAAUUCCAUCAGAGGUAGCAGACUUCUUCGGCAUUUUUGAGACUGACGAGGGAACGCCGCACUAAUUGCCACUGUUCGCCGCUCGAUGUGUAAUAUUUGGAGAUUCGUGUUAUAUUCUUGCCACUGUCCUUGUAAAAAGGGAUGUAUAAACAUAGCUCCAUCUGGAGUUCUGUACAGGAGUCGUUUGUAAGCGAAGAAGCGAAGUUUCUUUCAGCUUAAGUCAUGUAUGGUAAGUACAAAACCAUACUUUGGUAAGUUUGAAAAUGUUGCUUGCCGGCGGAUGGCGGCACGAAAUAGAAGUGGUUUUUCACACAACGCUACGAAUUCGGCUCAAAAUCCAAUCUCCAGCUGCAUUGCUUUACGAAAGAGUGAAUGAACGGGUGGAAGAAAAGACGUUGAAAUCUGUGCAAUACCGUGAGCAAGUCUCGCACGGGGAACCCUCGAAGGAAGCAUGGAGUGAGAAACAUUAGCUUGCAUGAUUAACGCCAGCCUGCGAAUGAUAUGCGUGUCCCCGUAGGGUGGUGGAGGUUUCUGCUUCAUAUUUGGCAUGAUUCAACUUGCAGUUACAGUUGCUACUGGCAGUGACGAUGCAUAUUUCCGCUUGAUAUCUCGAUAGUUAAGCCAUGUGCUUAUGGUCGUGUACCUUAUUACAUAGCCUC